AUGACAAAAAAUUUAUUUCGUUUGCAGGAGAAAGCAAGAAAAAACUGGUUUGAAAACAUUUUGCCUCGAGAACUUGCGUACUUCGAAUCAAUUUUGAAAUGCAAUGGAACAGGAUUUUUUGUAGGAGACAAGGUGGGCUGCUAAGAAAAAACUGAUUAUUUGCAAAUGCUUCCUAAAACAUCAAAAUCUCGUUUUAAUAAUGUUCAUCAAAAUGAGGUAGACGCCCGGCCAGAGAAAGGAAAAUUCCCAUGAAUGACAAAAAUGAUGAGAAAAAAAAGCAAAUUCCUGGCCGAUCUAGUGCUGCUGCUUCCUUCUUACUACAAUAUAACUAUAUACAUUUAAUACAUGAAAUAUCAAUGUAUAGUGUCUAUAUGAUCCAGACAUCCAGUAUCAAAACCUCAACUUUAAUGUAUUAAUACUACAAAAUAGUAGGGGUAUUUUUAGGACACCUUGUAUUUUAGUCAUGUGUUUAGUGAAACCUAUAUCUAUAUGCAUAUUGCAACUGAUGAAACUAAGUGGUCUCAAUAUUUUUUAUGCGUGGUUCUUCUUUUUCAGAUGACAUAUGCUGACAUUGCAUUCUUUUGUACAUUCAAUGAUUAUGUGGCCGGAGGAAAGGCUGAGGUUCCAUCACAGUUUGAAAGUUUUCCAAUGGCUACCUCUCUCUAUCAACGUAUACUGAAUGAGCCUAAUGUUGCUGCUCACAUGAAGAGUAGACCAGAUACCAUUCUCUGAAUUUAGUGCAAUUUUCAUAUCAGUGUCAGUGAUAAGGAAUUGUAUUUAGGUAGUAAUUACUGUAACAUCAUUUUUAUGAAUAACAGGACAGAAUAAGAAAAUACUGAAUUACCAAAGUACAAAGUGCUAAAUUCUCGCUCAUUAAAUCAACAGUUCCACGUUAUGUUUUGUUUGAUAACGUAUCUCCGAGCCCGUGGUCAAGAAAACGGGAUGAAGAAAAAGGCAGAAUUCGGGAUUUCAGAAGUUCCACAUGUUGUUCGGG